UGAUUCUCAUAUUUCAUUUUUAAUAUAUUACUCUAUAUAACCUUUAUGCUAUUUUUCUCCCAUACCUUCCCUAUUAAUCCCACGGAAUCAUUCUCGGGAACCAAAGUUUAAACUUCUUCUCCGCCGGGACUCGAUUAAUCUUCUUCCGAUUCAGUUCAAACAAGACAUCGCCGUUGCCAUCGCAACCGCCUUAAUCCAGAGACAUGGGAGCAUUCGCGUCGAGGUUUUGGUUCAUGAUGUUCCCUGCAAAAGAGUAUAAGAUAGUCGUUGUUGGAUUGGAUAACGCCGGCAAAACGACGACGCUUUAUAAGCUUCACUUGGGUGAAGUUGUCACCACUCAUCCUACUGUAGGCAGCAAUGUCGAAGAGCUCGUUUACAAGAAUAUCCGCUUCGAGGUUUGGGAUCUUGGUGGCCAAGAUAGGCUAAGAACAUCAUGGGCAACGUACUAUAGAGGAACAAACGCUGUGAUCGUGGUUAUCGAUAGCACGGAUAGAGCCAGGAUCUCUUUUAUGAAAGACGAGCUUUUCAGAUUACUCGGGCAUGAGGAUCUUCAGAGCUCGGUCAUACUCGUGUUUGCAAACAAACAGGACCUGAAAGACGCUAUGAGCCCUGCUGAAAUCACGGACGCGCUUAACCUUCAUAGCAUCAAGAACCAUGAUUGGCACAUUCAAGCAAGCUGUGCAGUCACUGGAGAAGGAUUGCAUGAUGGGCUUGGUUGGAUUGCUCAGAAAGUGACUGAGAAAGCUCCAACUUAAAGAGGGAAAGUCAAAAAGUGAAUCACAGAAUGAAACUUCCUAUUUUCUCUUUUAUGUUUUAUUUAACAUUUCUCUUAUACAGUGUAUCGAUUCCACUCUUGAUGUAAUGAGUUUUAUCUAUUUGGUUUACGCUGAUUGAAUUGUAUGUAUUUCUCUUAUGCAAGAAAAACCUAACCAUCUCAAGAUUGAGAUAAGUUUUAAAAGUCAUUCUUAUGGGUCUGAAGCAGGU